UCAACAAAGGGUUUGUCUUGAAAAGAAAGCAGGUGAAGGGUGAGAACAGAAAAACAGUUCAAGAAUAUGGGUAGAGGCAAGAUUGAGAUCAAGAGGAUCGAGAACUCUAGCAACAGGCAGGUUACUUACUCAAAGAGAAGAAAUGGGAUCAUGAAGAAGGCGAAGGAGAUCAGUGUUCUUUGUGAUGCUCAAGUUUCUGUCAUCAUCUUUGCUAGUUCUGGGAAGAUGCAUGAAUUUUGCAGCCCUUCUACUACGUUAGUUGACAUGUUGGAUCAGUACCACAAGUUGUCUGGGAAGAGGCUCUGGGAUGCCAAGCAUGAGCAUUUGGACAACGAAAUCAACAGAAUCAAGAAAGAGAACGACAGCAUGCAGAUUGAGCUCAGGCACCUGAAGGGGGAAGACAUCUCGACUUUGAACUACAAAGAGCUGAUGGUGUUAGAGGAAGCCCUGGAGAAUGGGGUUUCAACUCUCAAAGCCAAACAGAUGGAGUUUGUCCGAAUGAUGCGAAAACAUAACGAAAUGAUAGAGGAGGAGAAUCAGAACCUCCAAUUCAAGCUGCGGCAGCUGCAUCUGGAUCCUAUGGAUGACAAUGUAAUGGAGAGCCAGGGGGUUUAUGAUCAUCAGGGAGUUGCAGACUAUGAAGCCCAGAUGCCAUUCGCCUUCCGAGUGCAGCCAAUGCAGCCUAAUCUACAGGAGCGUUUCUGAUACUAUUACUACGUACCACAUGAAUUUGCCAGCACCAAUGAUCUUCAUCGCUUUUCCAGAAAACUAUCAAACCUUAAUUUCUGAAUAGUUAAUGUUAACUGUGGCUAAGGAAGAUCAGUGUCUGAGUAGUGCUAUAUGUAUGUAUGUAUCUGGUGGUUAAGCUGAUCCGUACUUAUAUAUAUAUGAACUAGUACAUGUGUUUUCUUAUUUAAAA